CAGGGAGAAGGCCCCCAAAGAUAAGCCCAGCCAGCCAGCCCUCAAGCAGCCCCGCCAGGGUCCCACCAAUGAGGCGCAAAUGGCGGCCGCUGCGGCCCUGGCCCGGCUCGAGCAGAAGCAGCCCCGGGGCCGGGGCCCGGUGUCACAGGACUCCAUCCGGAGCCAGGUGAGAAAGGAACUCGCAGCGGAAGCCACCGUCAGUGGGAGCCCGGAGUCCCCAGGGACACAUGUGGUCCCUGAGCCCAGAGAGGAAGGCUCGGCCCACCUGGCAGUGCCCGGAGUGUACUUCACUUGCCCACUCACAGGGGCCACCCUGAGGAAGGACCAGCGGGAUGCCCACAUCAAGGAGGCCAUUCUCUUGCACUUCUCCACGGACCCGGUGGCCGCCUCCAUCAUGAAGAUCCACACGUUCAACAGAGACCGGGACCGGGUGAAGCUGGGCGUGGACACCAUCGCCAAGUACCUGGAUAACAUCCACCUGCACCCCGAGGAGGAGAAGUACCAGAAGAUCAAGCUGCAGAACAAAGUAUUCCAGGAGCGCAUUCACUGCCUGGAAGGGACCCACGAGUUCUUUGAGGCCAUCGGGUUCCAGAAGGUGCUGCUUCCAGUUCCCGACCAGGAGGACCCUGAGGAGUUCUACGUGCUGGGCGAGGCGGCCCGGGCGCAGCCGCAAAACCUGGAGAGGCACAAGGAGCAGCUGCUGGGCGCGGAGCCUUUGCGGGCCAGGCUGGACCGCCAGCGCCGCGUCUUCCGGCCCUCGCCCCUGGCCGCCCAGUUCGACCUGCCCGGGGACUUCUUCACCCUGACGGCAGAGGAGAUCCGGCGGGAGCAGAGGCUGAGGGCCGACGCGGUGGAGCGGCUGAGCGUGCUGCGGACCAAGGCCAUGCGGGAGAAGGAGGAGCAGCGUGAGAUGCGCAAGUACACGUACACGCUGCUGCGCGUGCGCCUGCCUGACGGCUGCCUGCUGCAGGGGACCUUCUACGCCCGGGAGCGGCUGUCUGCGCUCUACGGCUUCGUCAGGGAGGCCCUGCAGAACGACUGGCUGCCGUUUGAGCUGCUGGUCUCGGGUGGGCAGAGGCUGUUGGAGGAUGAGAACCUGGCCUUCAACGAGUGCGGGCUGGUGCCCUCAGCUCUCCUGACUUUCUCGUGGGACCCAGCCGUGCUUCAGGAUAUGAAGGCUGCAGGCGCCGAGCCAGACAGGAGUGUGCUGAAGCCCGAGCUCCUGUCGGUCAUUGAGAAUCUCUCAUGAAAUAAAGCAGGGUUGGCUCAGCCCGGCGUCCACCUCGUGCUCGAUCUCCUGCCCUUCCCGCCCCCACCCCCAGGGCCUUC